CGUCAACCGAGUGAAAUUGACCUUCAACUGUUGACCAAAUCCGAUCUGAGACUUUGAUUGAGAUCCUCAUCAUCAUCAGCAUCCUCCAUUCUCCUUACAAGAUCGUAUCAUCAUAGCUUUCAUCUUAUCAUUCAUCCUACUUCACCUCAAAAAAUCAUGUCUGACGAAUCCGUAGCCCCUGUCGGUCCCCCAGAUGCAGCCAUCUUGCGAGAUCCUCUUCAAUCUUCUCAUUCGACAUCUCAAGGGCCUACACCUUCCAUACCGCCCUGGACAGCCGAUAAAUCAUCCUUAAAACAAAACUUUACGGUCGCUUCCCAUCUUAAACCAUCUGGUACAGCAGGUCCAAAGUUAUUACAAAUCGAACGAAGUCAUGCUAGCUUUAGUAGUGAAGCACUUACUACUUACCUCUACGGUCAACCUUUUCUGGAUCGUCAAGCCAAGUUAUUGAAUAUUAUUCAAGAUGAGGAAGCUUUUGACAAAACGCGCCUUAAUUAUCAAGGCCGAAGUGAACGUUUUCGACAUGCUCUUCGAAAAGAAAAACGUUUUGUACAAUUAGCUAAGGAGCACCAUUGGGAUGCUGAAGAUACUGCUAUGGCAGAGAUGUUAAUUGACAUGCCUGGGCCAUUCUCCCUCCAUAAAUCAAUGUUUCUCAAGACUCUCACGGAACAAGGUGAUGAUGAACAACAGGAGCUUUUCACUAGGCGUGCAGAGAAAUUUGAGAUUAUUGGUUGCUAUGCCCAAACUGAACUUGGACACGGGUCAAAUGUUCAAGGCUUAGAAACCACUGCUAUGUAUGACCCAAAAACUAAGGAAUUUGUGAUCAACUCUCCGUUUUUAACUGCGUCCAAGUGGUGGAUUGGUGGCCUUGGCCGAUCUGCCGAUCAUGCCGUUGUGAUGGCUCAAUUGAUCACCAACGAGGCUAAACACGGCCCCCAUCCAUUCGUGGUGCCCAUACGAGACCUGAUCACCCGAGAGCCACUUGAGGGUAGAACCAUUGGUGAUAUUGGACCUAAAUUGGGGUACCAAACUACCGACAAUGGGAUGCUCUUAUUCGAUCAUGUUCGAAUCCCUCACAAUCAUCUCUUGAGUCGUUUCUCCAAGGUUGAUCCUGAUACCGGAGUGUAUGUCAAGCCCCAAAAUGCCAAGCUAGCUUAUGGUACCAUGACCUACAUUCGAGCCGGGAUUGUACAGCAAGCGCGUGCUGUGCUGGCGCGUGCAUGUACGGUUGCUGUGCGUUAUUGUGCUAUCCGGCGUCAAUUUGUUGACAAGGAUGCUCCAAUGGAUGGCAAAAAGCCGGCAGAAAAUCAAGUGCUAGACUAUCAAAUGGUCCAGUAUCGUAUCUUUCCGAUCAUUGCUCAAGCGUUUGCAUGUCACUACACCGGGAAAGAGAUGUUUCGUCUCUACAGUGAAAGUCAGAAAAAUAUGGCAGAGGGAGAUUUCUCUUUGUUGGCAGAUGUACACGCUUCAUCUUCUGGUCUCAAAUCUUUAACGACUAUAAUGGCUGCGCAGGCCAUCGAAGAAUGCCGCCGAGCGUGUGGUGGACAUGGCUUUUCUCAAGCCUCCGGUCUUGGAGCGCUUUAUGCAGAUUAUCUACCGCAAGUGACUUGGGAAGGCGAUAGUUAUAUGAUUACUCAACAGACCGGUCGGUAUCUGUUCAAGACUAUGCGGACUUUGUAUGCGGAUCCAAAUGCGAAGCUUUCAGCAGAGAACGUGACCGGAGAGUAUAUCCUCAGAUAUCUCUCAAACCCCGAAGCCAAAUCUCCGGUUCGGUACAGUGGAGACUUCCAUGAUGUAGAAGCCUUUGUACUCGCCUUUGGUCAUCGAGCUGCGUAUCUGAUCGCACAAGCUACGCGCAAGAGAGAUAUCGAACGCCGCACGUGGAAUAGUCUUUUGGUGGAUAUCUAUAGAUGCUCAGUAGCCCAUUGUCAAUUCAUCCUUGUGAGAAAUUUCGCCCAAGCUAUUUUGCAUGAUUCCGCCUUGAAAACAAACCCUGCGCUUCACCAAAUUGUGAAAGUGGUGUUUGAAUUAUUUGCUUGUCACACAAUGGACAUCGAAGCCAGCGAGUUUCUCGCCUCGGGUUACAUCAACCCCUCGCAACACACGCUCCUACGCAACCGUGUAUAUGCUUUGUUGGCACAAAUCCGACCAGAAGCUGUAGCGUUGGUAGAUAGUCUUGCUAUUCCUGAUUAUCUGCUCAAUUCCGAAUUGGGUCGAUAUGAUGGAAACGUAUAUGAAAACUUGAUUGCCUUUGCUGCUAGAGAACCUUUGAAUGGUGUGAGGUUCAAUGUGAACCCAUGGGAUGAAGAGUUGGCAAUCGGGGAACCCAAGUUGUCUAAACUUUGAUCUCUGCGACAGUUGUACACUAUAGUGUCCGGUUCUAUGCGUAUUUGAUGGAUUCUUUUAACGAGGAUGAUUGUUGUCAUUUUCACUUUUUUAGUUUGUGAUUUAUUAAUUUUAUAGACUUGAGUGUUGACUACUUAUACCUCAGCAACGUUGUAUGAUAUAGAUAUAGUAGAAUAUCUCUUAUUUGUGAGUUUAUGAGUUUACGGCGCAGUCUUCACUGACAAUGUUUAUGAAGACAUUUAGACUCUAG